CAAUGCAGUGUGUGAAUCGCGCUGUUCCAGUAGUAGAAUAAAAUACACAGAUAUCUUGAGGUAUCUGCUGAAUACGGAGCACAUUUUCGCAUAUUAUUAGAGGAUGUUACCCUUCACAGUAUGGUUACCAAUCAUAGUCAGCUAAAAAUGAGGUUACACAUUUAAACCAUCUUUAUACUGUAUAAACGGACACACAUUUAUGAGUUGAUGGGAAGAAAUUACUUUUACUGAGAACCUCUUAUUUUCCCAAUAUAUGUAUUUAUUUUUUACAAGCUUUUAGUAUGAAAUACACCCAGAAGUAUUGUGUACUUAGGUUAUAUUGACUUGACACUGGGUGGCAACAUGGAAUAACGCUUGUGUCACAGUUUUUGGAGAACUGAAGUCCUCGGCCCCACCUCUUGAAACUGGAUUUUGAAGAUACAGCGAUGGAUUUUCACCAAUGACUUUUCCUUAAUUCACAGUGACCAUAUAUUUAAUUCACUGUUUAGUUCAGCAUCAUGUUUCAUCGCCAUGGGAUGAUCGGUUAGUGAAACUGGCUGUUGUUAUAUUUGCUUCGAUGUCCUGCGGAGAGGAACUAUCCUAGACUAGAACCUCCAGCAUCUACAGUUGACACUUUUACUGUUUCACAUCAGUGCAGUCACACAGCUAUGGGCUUUUGUUUGCCUGUGUGCAAGACUUUGCGGAGGGGGAAAUAUUUUCUACUACUCUUUGUCUCGCUGUCCGUGCUGGCAUGGAUCUCAACUUUUUCAGGCGAAACAGUGAAAUCCGCUCAGGUUUUCUCCGCCUCACCACAAACUCUUGUCAAAGCCGACAGUCUGAGGGAUCAACCUAACACUGAGACAGCAGCACCCAAUCGAUUAGAAACUCCACCACCAAAAGUCGAAUGCCCUCAGAAGUCACCAUUGCUACAGGGAUCUGUGAAGCUGUCCUUUGAAUCCUCUCUAACACUGAAGGAUGUGGAGAGUCAAAACAAAGGAGUGACUGAAGGCGAGUACGAGCCCUCAGACUGCACGGCGAGGCAGAGCGUGGCGGUCCUCAUCCCUCAUCGCAGCAGAGAGAGACACCUCCUCUACCUCUUGAACCACCUGCACCCCUUUCUGCAGAGGCAGCAGCUACACUACGCCAUUUACGUAAUCCAGCAGGCUGGUGAUGCAACUUUUAACCGUGCCAAGUUACUCAAUGUCGGGUAUUUGGAGGCACUGAAGGACUACAGUUGGGAGUGUUUCAUCUUUCAUGACGUGGACCUGGUUCCUGAAAAUGAUCACAAUUUAUACGUCUGUGACAAUCAGCCCAAACACCUGGUGGUUGGCCGGAACGCCACUGGAUACAAGCUGCGUUACAAAGGCUACUUUGGAGGCGUCACAGCUAUGACCAAAGACCAGUUUCAUCGAGUGAAUGGAUUCUCAAACACUUACUGGGGUUGGGGCGGAGAAGAUGAUGACCUUCGCAUCAGGGUUGAGCUGCAGAAAAUGAAGAUUGUCCGCCCGCCCGCUGAUGUCGCUCGCUACACCAUGGUGUUUCACAAACGGGACAGUGGCAAUGAAGUAAACAAAGACAGGAUGAGGUUGUUGGGACAAACACCUCUGGUAUGGAAAAAGGACGGACUGAACAGCUGCUCAUAUAAGACUAUGUUGCUCGAGAGGCAGCCUCUUUAUGUGAACGUUACUGUGGACAUUGGUAAGCCAUAGAAGGGAGAUUACGAAUGGGAAGCCCUACUGUGACCAAAAAAUAUUUGAUGGUACAUGUCUUUCAAGACUGAGCAAUAUUACUAACUAUACUGACAAAUUUGGUACCAUUUUACUUGAACCACUCCUUCAUAUAAUCUUUAUUAUAACUACAGAUUGCUCUUAAUGUUCACACUGUUGUGUGAACUGAAUAACUGAUAAGUCGACCGAGUGAUGCAGCCAUUAGGAAGCUGAGAAUGAGAGUUAAAUUGUUUUUAGAGACACAUGUUUUCUAGGUUGUUGGUGGACAGUCUGUUUAUUUCAUGUUCACAUCUCAUACAUAUAUGAUUGUUUUAGGGUUGGUUUUCUACUGUGAGUUGAACACUUUUACAUGUAAAAAUAUUGUUGGACUACAACUUCUCAAAGAUUUUGUAACAUGAUCACAACCAAGAAAAUUGGGGUAAUGUAGCAUAAAAAUGUUUGACUGACAUUUUUUAUUUUAAUUUGUAGUUAAUAUGAAUCAAUGUAUGAAAUUCAAAGUGAUGCCAUAAUAAUUAUUUGAGACUGGCAUUUGUUGGAUUAAUUUUAAAUGUUUGCAGGUUGAUUUGGGAUGAUUUAUCAUGUUUUGUAUGUGUUGAUGGGAUCCAGAUCACUUCUAACAGGAUGUUUUUCUCUUUAGAACACCUAUUUAAUAAAUAGUAUUUUCUUAUGAA